AUGCAAUUUUUGUGGCGCGCACGAUGCAACGAAAUAAAUAAAAAGUAUAAUAAUAAUAAAAUCAAAAUAAAAGUGUGGUGGUGGUGGCGGCGGGCAGCAGGGCCCGGGGAGGAACAUGAGCCCCGCGCUGCCCCGCUGCCCCCAGAGCCGCACCAUGAGCGCGCCGUAGAGGAGGAGGAGGAGGAGGAAGAGCUGAUGGAGACAGAGCCCAACUUCAGCUCCGAGAUCGCCGAUCUCACCCGGGAGAGUGCCAUGCCCAUCCAGGAGCUGCUGAGCCGCUAUGGCUACGAUGGCUCCGUGCCCCUGCAGGAGGAGGAGGAGGAGGAGGAGGAGGAAGAGGAGGAGGAGGAGGGAGAGGACGAUGAUGACGUCGACAACGACGACAACAGCGGCUGCAGCGGGGAGAACAAGGAGGAGACCAUCAAAGAUUCCUCAGGGCAGGAAGAUGAGACCCAGUCCUCAAAUGAUGAACCAGCCCCGGCCGGGGCCUCGCACGACCCCCAGGAGCUGAUCCGGCCCCGCCGCUGCAAAUACUUCGACACCAACAGUGAAAUAGAGGAGGAAUCUGAAGAAGAUGAAGAUUAUAUUCCCUCAGAAGACUGGAAAAAAGAAAUCAUGGUGGGUUCCAUGUUCCAGGCUGAAAUUCCAGCUGGCACCUGUAAAUACAAAGAAAAUGAAAAAGUGUAUGAGAACGAGGACUGUUUCCGUGCAGAGGAAUUAUCAGUGUGGACAGAGGAGGAAUGCAGGAAUUUCGAGCAGGGCCUCAAAGUUUAUGGCAAAGAUUUCCACGUGAUCCAGGCAAAUAAGGUGAAAUCAAUAUUCCCAUCAAUAUUCCCAUCAAUAUUCCCACCAAUAUUCCCAUUAUUUUCCCGCAGGGAUUACAUGGAUCGGCUCCUGGACGAGAGCGAGAGCGCCGCCUCCAGCCGGGCUCCGUCCCCACCCCCGGCGGCUCCGAGCAGCGCAGGGAGCCCGAGCGACAGAGCCGAGAGCACCGGGGGAGCCCAGAACGGUGUCUCUUCCAACGGCCCUGGAGAAACACCAGCAAAGGAGGAACCCAAAACCGAGGGGCUGCACAUCAACAACGGCCCCUGCGGGGGAAAAAAAACUUCACACCCAGAGCUGGACACAAACGGCCUGGAGGCUUCCAAAGUGAGCAACGAAACCAAAAGCCCUGAGCAGAGUGGCAGGAACGAGCCAGAGGUGGAGGAAAAGAACGAGAGAGGAGUGAAAAGAAGAAGAGUGAGCAGCAGUGGCAAGGAGAGCCCGGCUGCUGCUGCUGCUGCUGAAUUCUUCCAGGAGAAUCAUUCCCAUGGGAAGCUGGAGGAGCUGGAGACUUUGGAUGAUUGA